UCACUAUAAAUAGUUGAUGGUUGUAUUCAUAUUUAACUACAAUAUAAUCUUAGUUCAUCAAGGAUGAAAACAAAGUCUAUUAUCUCAUUCUUCUUUGUUUGUGCACUAUAUUUUAUCUCUGUUAUGGCAACUGAGCCAUCCAAAGAUGAGAAACAAUUUGGUGAAAUAGAAGAAUUCAAAUCAAAAGUUUCAUGGAAUCGUGGAGCCUGGACCUGGCCAAAAUAUGGAGUAAAAGGAAAUGGUGGUAAAGGAGGAUCAAAGGGUGGAUCAGGCUCAGGCGAAAAUGGUGGUGAAGGAGGUGCGCAAGGUGGAGGUGGACAAAUCGAAGGUGGAAAAGACAAAGGAAGUGGACUUGAUGCAAGAGGAGGAGGAAGAGGAGAAAAUAAUAAUAUUGGUUGGGGAUAUUUGAAAAAUUAGGGAGGUUACAAUUGUGACAUAAGUAGCAAAAGUGAAGGGAAUCAAGAGCCUCCAUGAAAUCCAGAUGAAUGAAUGUGUCUAUUCAUUCCCAUAAAGCAUGUAAAAUAAAACCAUAAACUCUAUUUCACUCUAUGUCUAGUCUAUUAACUUCUUUCACCAUUGUCUUGGAUUGUACCACUUAUGUUUCCAUAAACUCUAUUCCCAUGAAGAAGUACCACGAUUUUAUGUUA